AUGUCCGACGGAGAUAUCCAGCAGUUCAUGGCACUGACGAACGCUUCAGUUGAUGUUGCCCAACAGUACUUACAGGAAUUUGGCGCAUUGGGAGAGGCGUUGGACGCUUUUUACGCAAGCAGAGGUGAUGGUGAAGAAACAGGGCAAGGACAGGAAAGCUCUGCGGGUAGUUCUCGCGACAUUCGGAGCGCAGAAGGAGCAUCGGCAGGGGAACAAGUACCACCAGUGUUAGGCGCGCCUUCCGGGCGUGCCGGAACACCUCAGGGUGCUAGAACGCCUCAGGGAACUAGAACACCGCAGGGCAACUCUAGGUUCAAAUCGUUUUCCGAUCUCCUGCGGGACAACUCGGACGAGGACGACGAGCAAAGGAACACGUUUGCAGGCGGCGAAACGUCAGGGCUUGAAGUGUCAGAUCCUAACGAUUCCAACUCAUUGAUCAGAGAUUUACUUGAAAAGGCCCGGAAGGGCGGCCAACAGGGCUCGUCGCCCGAGCCGGACGCGUCAGCUGCAGACAGUAACCAUUUCACAGGCCGCGGGUACCGUUUAGGAUCUACUCUUGCCGCACCAACACAAGUGGCAGAAGACAUUCCGGAAGAACCGCUCCCCUCGAGGCCCAAAAAAGUCACUAGAAAUAUCACAUUUUGGAAAGAAGGUUUCCAAGUGGGCGACGGAGAACUCCGUCGAUACGACGAUCCUGCCAAUGGCUAUUACUUGAGCGAACUCAAUCAGGGCAGGGCACCUCUAAGACUGCUAGACGUGGAGUUUGGGCAAGAAGUCGAUGUCAACGUGUUCAAAAAACUGGACGAAAGUUUCAAAGCCCCAAAAAGAAAGUUGGGAGGCUUUUUGGGCGAGGGCCAACGAUUAGGAAGCCCAAUUCCGGGCGAAUCUAUUCCUACAGAACUUGAGGCAUCGUUGGAAUCUGUUCAGCACACGGAACCCGCAAACGAGCUAGCUUCCGAAACGUCGUCACAACCAGAGCCACAGGGCGACACCAGUGUGCAAAUAAGUUAUGCAAACGGAACUCGGGAAAAACUUCGUUGCAAUUCCUCCGAUACAAUUAGAUUCCUGUACGAUCACGUUAAGGGUAAAACCGCCAGUGGCAGAUCCUUUACGCUGAACCAUGCAUUCCCGGUCAAACCCAUUGAAAAACUCGAUUCCACACUCAAGGAUGAGGACUUGCUUAACGCGGUCGUCGUGCAGAGAUGGGUAGUGUGA